CUGGGGGAGGGAAGAGGCGGAGGGGCUGCACAGGAAGGCCUUGACCCAGGAGCAGACAGAGACCAGCCUGCCCACGGUGAAGGUGAAGAGUCCUCUGUAGUCGAGUCCCUCUGGCUAGUGAGGUUUCUCGGCAUCCCUGACUUUUGGCGAUGACUCCCUGGAGGAAGGCAGCUCAGCUCGCAGCCAAGGGGCAAAGUUUUGCAACGGCAGGAGCCUCCGGGCACCACGGGGAUGGGGCAGGCAGCCGGACCUGGAAGAUCCUAACCGCCACGGUGGCAUUUCCGGGCGUGGCCGUGUGCAUCCUCAAUGCCUGGCUGCAAAAGCAGAACCAUCCACAGGAGCGGCCCGAGUUUGUGCCUUAUCAGCACCUCCGCAUCCGAACAAAGCGCUUCCCCUGGGGUGAUGGAAAUCACACUUUAUUCCAUAACCCUCAUACCAACCCACUGCCCACAGGCUACGAAGAUGCAGGUGGCCACCACUGAACCACUGACAUUUUCUUUUUCUCCGCCACUGACUGGAAGAG